UCUCCCGGGAGUGCCCGGCGCGCGCCUUUCCCGGCUCCGCCGCCAUGUUCCGGCGGGCCCGUCUCACCGUGCGGCCCAAUGUGCGGCCACCGGCCAGGGCCGCCGCCACCGGCACUGCCACUGGCGGAGCGGACCCGGAGCCGCCGGAACUCCCAGGUUCGGACACCCCGGUGGCGGACAGAACCGGGACCGUGGCCGUAUCGGCGGACGCGCGGCGGGCAGAGAGCAAUGACAAGGCUGAUAAUACAAGUGACACUGGGGAAGCUAGUAAACCUGCAGAGAUGCUUACACAGAGAAGAAAACGUAUCUCCACCAUGCCAAAUCUUGUCAAACCAAGAGCUGGACCAUCAUCUGCUCAUCGUUCCACACCAAAACCUCAGAGGCGAACAUCACAGGCUUCUGAUGGCAGUGCUUCCCUUCAGAAAGAUCCCUCCCCAUCAGAAAAGAAUAAUGUUGAAAGCUCUGUAAAGUCUCCCAUGCUUCCUGAGAAGAAAACACCUGUGCCACAAGUGCCACAGUUUUCGCCGCUAAAAAAAUCUGUGAACAAAGAGCAAACUGUUGGUGUAGCUGCUCAGAAAAGUGAUGAUAGCUUGCAGAAGAAUGUACCCUCUCCCCUCAAGGAGAGACCAGCACAGGAAAGAUCACAAACACAGGAGGAAAAUCUGCCUGCAAAGUCUUCUCCUGAAAAAGUCAAAGGAACCUGUUCUGACCGUGAAAGGAUCCUUAAAGCUCGAAAGUUAAGAGAGAUGCUUAAAGAAGAGCUGAAGAAAGAGCGGAUGAAAUUGAAACACAGGCCUCCAGUAAUUGAGGGACGUUCUCCACCAGAUCGUUCUAAAAUGACCAUGAGAGACUUAAUAUACUAUCUGCCAGAAAACAAUCCGAUGAAGUCUUCAUUGGUGGAAGAAAAGAGAACAGAAAAAAGUUCUGCGCUGAAUCAAAUGAAAGAACAGGAAGAGAAAAGUGGUCCUGAACAUGAAGAAGAGGAGGAGGAAGAAGAAGAGAAUGGGGAAGAGAGUCAGGAUGGCCCACUUCUUGUUCCUCGUGUGAAAGUAGCAGAAGAUGGUUCAAUCAUUCUGGAUGAAGAAAGCUUAACUGUAGAAGUUCUAAGAACAAAAGGUCCAUGUGUUGUAGAAGAAAAUGAUCCCAUCUUUGAGCGUGGCUCUACAACAACGUAUUCUAGCUUCAGGAAAAGCUUUUACACAAAACCGUGGUCAAAUAAAGAAACAGAUAUGUUCUUUCUAGCUAUCAGUAUGGUAGGAACAGACUUCUCCUUGAUUGGACGGCUGUUUCCUCACAGAGCCAGAGCAGAAAUUAAGAACAAGUUCAAACGUGAGGAAAAAGCUAAUGGAUGGAGAAUAGACAAAGCUUUCAAAGAAAAACGACCCUUUGAUUUUGAAUUCUUUGCCCAGUUGCUUGAGAAGGUCUUAGCAGAUGAGGAAAAGAGGAAGCAAAAGACUGUUAAAAGCCAGAAACCAAAGAAAAAGAAGUCUCCAAGGCCACAGAAGAAGUCAAAAGCAAAAGCUGCCAGCACAGAAGCUGCUAAUGAUCAAGAUGAUCUUCAGGAAGCUGAAAUUUCUGAUGCAGAAACAGAAGCAGAUGGUGUGACGGCUGAGAAAGAAAAUGAGGAGUCUUUGGGCAUUUCUGAACAGGCAGAGGAACAGGUUGCCUUAGAGCCAGCAUUAGCAAAAAAGAAGAGAAAGAAGAAGAGAAAAGAGGAUCUUGAACAGGAAGUAGAGAAUAUUCCAGAAGAAAUGUCUGUUCCUUCAAAAACUGCUGAAGAAGGGAUAUCCUCUAAUAAAAGGAAAAAAGUGAUGCAUGAUGCAAGCAAUGAUGGUCAUACUGCCUGUGGAGAAGAAGCGGAUUGUGCUAUUGAAGGAAAACAAAAUGAGACUGCUGUAACAGAGGAAGAGAGGUCAGAGUCCUGUUUACCAGUGAAUAACCAAAUGGAGAGAGAAGGUGCCAUCAAUUUAGGCAGCCUUGGAGAUAGCAAUGAUGUUACACUAGAAGCAGAAUCUGCUAAAUUGAGGACCAGAGAUAUUAGAGAUGACACAUCACAGGAAAGCCAGAGUCCAGAGUUACCAGUUGCAAAUAUUAGAAGCAAGGAAGGACAAUCUGUAGAAACUACAGAAACAAAGGACGAAGGUACACAUCACUCACAAAAAACAGAUGAAAAGCAGAGUGCAUCAGAGGGUGGUUCACGGUCUGAAAUCAUGAAAACUGAGAAGUCAGCAGACAGAAGGCGCUUGCAAAGACCUAAACCCAAUUUAGUGAGAUCAUCUGGAAGGAGGGACACAGCAACACAAGACAAAACAGAAGCGAAAACUUCCCCUCCAACCCUUGCAAAUGCAGGUGAAAAGUGCUCUGAAGAGGACAGUAGGAGAAAGAGAAAUGAAGCCACAGAAGUAGAGAACAGGGAUUUGGAUACUGCAUCUGAAGAACCUGAAAAAACUUCCAUUGCAAAGCCAAUAGUUAGAGGAUAUCGACAGAGAUUUAAACCUAAUGUCACAAGAGCAUCUGGAAGGAAAGAAGAGCCUGAAAAAGAUGCAGGAAAUGAUAAAAUGUCCCAUCUACAGCCUAAGGGGGAAACUGAGAAGAAUAAUGACCAAGGUAAUAGAUCUGAUGUUACCAGUGAAGAUGCUGCAGAAAAAGAUGACAAAGUCCUGGAGACAAUGUCUCAGUCUAACGAAACAGCUGGUUUAAAAGAAGAUGGCAAACAGAGCAUGUUGAAUCCAACACCUCUAAAGAGAGGUAGAAUACAGAGACCAAAACCAAAUCUGGGAAGAACUGUUGCAAGGCAAAAAGAACUGAUAGAUGAAAAAGAUCCUGAAGAGGAGACAGCUGAAGGUGGAGAAGCAGAAAAAGGUGUGAUACAUCAUCAAGAUGAAAACAAUGAUCCCUCCCUCAAAAGUGAUUUAACAGUUCAUGAAGACACUCAGCCAUCCAGUGUGACAUUAGAAGAUGUUUCUACAGAUUCUAAGAUGAACUCAAUAAAUACAAGACAGUGUUUCCAAGAAAAGUCCUCAGAAGCAGAAAGCUAUGGAAGUGAAAAGGGAUUGUCAGAUGUCUUGAAAGAGGUUUCAGAUUCCAAUGCAGGGGAAUCUCAUCCUCAGAAGGAAGAGGAGAAAACUGUUGUAUCAUCAGCUGGGCUACUGAGGAGUCGAUUCCAGAGACCAAAGCCAAAUGUAAGAACAACAACUACUAGAAAGGAAGUGCUGGAUGUAAAUAAUAAAGGUGCAUUGCAGAAAGAUACCAACAAGGAAGAAAGUUUGACGCAGUGUGACAGUGAAUGUAGCAUCCCUCCUGACGCAGAUAAAGCAGGAAAAUGUGAAGUCUUAAACCCACUAGAAUCCUUGGGAAAGGAGAAGUCGUUUUUCUCUCAGGAGGUUUCUGAGAGGCCAAGUUCUAAGUCCCCAAAAACAUUUUCAAGAUCGGAGGAUGGUGGAAUGCAGUUCAGUCUACCUGAAAUUAACCAAGAUGACAUCUCAAGUACUAAUGCAGUCAAAAACAGCACUCAAGAAGAAUGUCAACAAGCACCUCUUCCACCUAUCCAGCUGGCACGGAAAAAGAGGUACAAACCAAACUUGGUAAGAGCUAUUGGAAAGAAGGAGUUACAAAUAUCAGAAAAUGAGAGGAAGAAAAAGCCUGAAGCAGAGCAAAAAGAUGAGUUUGACAAUGCUGUCAUGGGUGAAAAUGAAGCUGUAUUGUGUCAAGCAGAUGUGUUGAGCAAAGAGGAACAGGAACAGCAAGAGGUGCCUCAGGUGCCCUCUAUUUCUGAAAAUUUAUUGUCUGAACAAAGCAGUGCUGAAAAAUUUACCUCCCAAGAAGGUAAGCUGAGUGCUCUGAAAUCAGGACAAUUGGGAAAGAUCGAGUCUUCAAGAACUAGACCAAACCUAGAAAGAACAGACAGUGAAAAAGAAUCUCCAGUAGUACAAAAACUUGCUGCCCCAGAUGAGGAAGAAAUGGAUCAAGGACAGAAUCUGCCUUUGGCAGAAGAAUCUGAAAACCCUCUCUCCUCAAAAGAUGACAUGGAGGUAUUGUUGCUUGUGGGAAAUACAGCCAGGAAUGACAAUCUAGACAUAAAUUUGAGAAGCAUGACAUCAGAAACGCUUUGUUCUUCUAAAAAAUCACCAAAUUGCCAUAGCAAUGGAGAGCAAGAAGAAUGUCUAUCUACAGAUGCCAUAGGAAGCAUUCAGGAUACCACAGAAAGGUCCAAUGAUAAAUUAAGUUCUGGAGAGGAAAGUGAACAGAGAGCAAGGGAACCCCAUUGGAACCCAAGGAGAGACCUAAAGAGACUUAUUAGGAAAAGGGAUUAUCCUGAAGAAGGUGAAAACAGAGAAGAGGACAUCACUGAGAGCAGAAGUGAAGAAGAGUGUUCAGUAUUAUUAAAAACAGGUGUAUCAGUGCAAAAUUUCAGCAAUAUAGUGGAAGCUGGAUCCUUCUCAGAAGCUACAAGGAAACACAAUUUUGCAGAGAAUGUUGAAGAACCAUAUUGUAAGAGAAUCAGGCAGGACAUUAUACUCCAGCCUCCAGGGGUAUCAUCAGAGAGUGAGAGUCAAGUAGAACAAGAUGAUGAUUCUCAGCUUUCUGCCUCUCAGGAAAAACAUUCAGACAAUCUCAUGAGAGGGCAGUUCAGGAGAUCAUCAAAGUGGACAGCACUGCCAGAACAUGUGUUGGAGCCAAAAGCUGCUACUUCUUCUGCCUCUGAAUGCGAAGCUGAUUGCAGUGAGAAGGGGAAUCAAAGGGAAGGUGCUACAGUGAGUGUUACCAGAGGCAAAAGUUUGAAAACUACACAGAGAAGAAAAUCUGGGAAGGAACCCAGAAGUUCAAAGAUAACCUUUGUCACCCUUCGGGCUUCUCAAGAGGAGGAGGAUGCCAAGGCAGAUGACUUUGAGCUUUAUGAUGAAGAUGAAUGCUUUGCACCAGAGGAAGUAAACAAGGCUCCAGUGUUCGUUCCUAUAGGUCUUCGAUCUCCAAAACCAAUUCCUGUGCAGAUACAGGAAACCAUGGAGGAGCUGGAAAUAUCUGUGAAUAUCCCAGAUGUGCAGGUGGCUACUGAUGCUGAAAGUCUUUCUUGUGCAUCUAUCCAACCAGUAGUACAGAGGGAAGAAAAAGAAACAGCCAUACAUGAGAAUCCAGAUGUGGACAAAGGAAUUAACGAUGGAAGCACUGAAGCUGCUAUGACUUUACUUGCAAUGGGUGAUCCAAAUUUCCAGUUGAAAACAAGCUCUGAAGAACGAACACACAUGGCACCUGCUCAAGAUGACUUGGACAUGGCUGAUAGCCUUGUAACUCACACCUACUCCAAAGAAAACAGAACUUCUAGUCAGUAUUUGCUUGCUUCAGACACUUCUAUCAAGGAAUUACUGCCUUCUGAGGAUGGAAACAUCAAUGUAGAGAAUCAAAUCACUGGCACAGGAAUAGGUGUAGAAGAGUAUUCAGAGAAGGAUGCUACCAAUACCAGUGAUAGCUCUUUGCCUGUGGCAAAUAGUAUGAGACUGACAGGAGGUGGACACCUGGAGCCUGAGCCAACCUCUGGAAUACUGAGGUCCAACGAAAACAUACUGCAGGAGUUACUGAAUGCAAAUGUACUUGUGGAACAGCUAGAACAAAUUCCAACUGAUCCUACAGCCCUGAAGGGUACUGCAGAAAUGCAGAUGGUGGAACUAGAACCAAUCAGACUAGCUGCAAAUGAUUCUUCAGUUCUUCAUGACUUUGCAACUGGAAGUAUGGAACUUAGCAAGCAAAUAGACAAAACUGAGAGAACAGAAAAGCCGAUAAGAGAUGCUUGUGGAAAUUCAGGAUAUUUAAGACCUCUAACUGCAUCACUGAAACCUGAAAAAUCACACCUUGGACUGGAGGACUAUCCAAAUCCAAGUUCCAUGGAUGAAAUUCCCGACCGAAGUCCUUGUCCUCUUGAGGACAAUAUAUGUCCAGUUAACUUGACUCAGAAUGAAGCUUGUACUCAGGAUGCUCAACAACAUUGCGUAAGCAGCACAGAAGAAACUUCAGUAGUGAAUGAUGAUCAUAGAUGUCCAGAGGAAGAACAGACAUUCAUUUUAACACUGGUGGAAAUCCCAGCUGACUCAAAAGAGUUUGAUGCACCUGUUAUGCUGGAACAAACUUCAGAACCAGUACUACCAGCACCAAUACUUAUCAGCCCAAUAAGUACAAGUGAAACAACUGGGACUGCAGUGGAGAGAUCCUUGACAACUGCAGCUGGUGAAGUUGCUGCACCUUUAAACAGCAGUAUGGAAACCAAACAACUAGAGAGUGCAUCAGUAGGCCCUGUUGCAAAGUUGCAGAGAGCUCAAAAACGGUUGGCUGCAGAGCUUGAAAAGAAUGAUUUUCCUCCUUCCAAGAAAACUCCGUCUACUGUUGCAGUGGAGGAUAACCUGGAAACCACUUAUAAGGGUUAUUCGAUUAAAUCCACAGAUGUGCCAGUGAUAACUUCUGGGAAUCCUUCUCAAAAAACAGAGUCUUCAGCAAAGGAAAAAGUACUUACUUCUGUGUUGGUGUCUGAGUCUGUGUCACAACUGGCUGAGAGAAGCCAUCUUGAGACUUUGGAGAGCUUAGGGAAAGCACCACUUGAGAAUCCAGCAUCCAAAAAUGAAGAGGAGGUUAUGUGUAGGUUAACCUCUAACACAGAAGCAGAAAUAAGCAGACAAGGAAAGCAGGAGAAUGUGCAUGAAUCUGCACAGUUGGAACAUACUGGAAGCACAGCAUCAUCUUCAAAAACUCCAUUACUCAGGGGUGGACGAAAACCGUUGGGAUUUUUAUCUUUAAUUUGCAAAAAAAGUAAUUCUGAAUCUGCAGAAGAUGCCAAAGGGAAUAGAGGGAAGAUCCAAAAGCCUCGAAUUGUGACUCCAAAACGAAGUCUAAAGAAGCCUACUCCAUCUACUAAGGAUAAUAGGGAAUCUUCUUCCUCUCCGUCUACUUCAUCAUCUGCGGAACAUGAGCAUGUAGCUGCUGAUGCUGCAGUUACGGUUCCAAGUAAAAACUCAUCUGAGAAGCCACCUCUCUGUGCUAAAGAUCAAGAGAAGGAAGGAGAGCCAACCAAAAUCUCUGAGUACUUUUUCAGUGACAUCUUUAUGGAAGUGGAUGAUUCAGAAUAGCAAAUGGGUUUUAUAAAAACCUAGGACCACAAAAUAUACUGCAACAAGAAAAGAGUGUUUCAGAAGUUACAGUUGGUUCUGAUAUUCAUUAUGUCACGCUUACUGUCAGCUAGUAAUAACAGUACUCUUGUCAAUUAAUGCCAUGAAGGUGAAAUGGAUUCCUCCUGAAGCAACCUGGGCACUUUCAAAAUGCUGACAUAGUCUAAACCACUACAAUGGUGUGUCAUUGGACCAGACUAAUGACUGCUGGCUUAUGGUUUCACUUGUUUAGACACUGAUAAUGAGUGCAUGACUGUCAUACAGAAAAGUGCAAUGAAAUAAUGUUUAAUCUUGCAACAAGUAUCCUUUUCCAUUUUAAUGCUGAAGCUUUUGGUAUUGACCGUUCCAAGUUCUUUACUUCUUUUUGCGAAGUAUGUUACGUCAGAAGGAGGAAUGAACUUUUUGGAUAUAAUGUAAUCUCUGAAGAUCAGAAUGCAAAUACUGGAAGUAGUGUAGUAAAUACAUACAUACAUAUGUUAAGUACUGCAGGUAUUUUUAUUAGAAUCUCCAAAUUACGUAUUUUUGUAAGAAUUUUUAAACCAUGUAAUUUAAAAGAUCCUAACCUGAAAAACCCAACAGGAUUAGUUCUUUAAAAAUGUGUUGAAAACUUAAAAACACAGUUUACUAGGAGAUGAUAGCACAAGGUUAAUGUUUGCAACCUUGUUUAUCACUGGGAGGAAGAGAUUGAUGUUUCCUAGUAUAAAUGCUAAUUUUCUUCUAGAUUGGAAAACAAAGCUAUAGAUUUCUUUUCCUUGUUUUUACAUGUAGGUGUUUGUAUAUUUGCUGACUUCCUCGGUUUCCCCUGUGCAAAGUAGCACAAAGAGAUUGGAUUUAAACCAUGACUAUACAAUGUCGCUGUUUUGACGAUUUGCUGCUUUGAAGCAGUUGAAUUAGAAAGGUUUUCUCAUGUUGCAUGUCUGCUUGUACUGUAACUUGGUAUAAAAUUCUGGUGUAGCUUUAGAUUUUAGUCUAAGUUUUUACUUACCUCAGCAAGAGAUUUGUCUUGAUGAGGUAGUUAGGUUUAUGCACUCUUUAAGUCAGGUGGUCACUGAAAGAUUCAAUAUUUAGUCUGAAACUCCUGCUUGCACAAAAAUGAGUGUGUAGAUUUGAGUAGUCUUAAAAUUUUUCCUGUUACUUAAUACUAGGAGGUGCUUUUGCAAAAUGAUUUAUUAUGAAGGUGAAACUGAUGUUUAAAUGGUAUUGUUAAUGCUCUCAAGAAACCUAUCAUCAGCUUUGGACUGGGUAACCAUUUACUGGCUGGUAAAUAAUAUAAAUAUGUAGUUAAUUUUGAAAUAGUUGAUGAAGUUUGAGAAUGUUUUUCUUUUCAGAAGUUAUUGGCAAGGCUUCUGAAGGAACCUUAAAAAUUUUGUCAGUGAGGAGAAAUACAGAAAAAAGCUACUAUUACUGCAAAUUGAUAUGUUAGCAGGCUUCUGCCAAUGAAAUGUCGCUAGCAGCAGUAUUCCUUGAGGUGAUGGAAAAGGGGCUAGUGGUCCCAGUGUAGAGUAACUUACUUGAAAGUGUCUGAUCAACCCACCUCACCCACCAAAAACCCCUCCAAAAACACCAACAACACUUUCUGUUCAGAUGGUACGUUGUGCUUUGCCUAAUCCAUUUAACUUGAAAUGUUUAAAUAGUGUUUUACUGUAAACAUGAAAGAGAUUAAUGUAUACAUGUAACUCUGUGUGUUGUAUAUCUUGUAGAUAUUAAGUAUGCAAGUGUUUACUUCCUGAUACGUGUGGCAUGUUUAUAUCACUUGCACUCAUAGAGCCUAAAAAUAGAUUCUUGGGGAGUGGCUAUGAAAUAAUUGCCGUGAGUACCUUCUGUGUGAGUUCUGAGGGGAUAAUCAUUCUACAUGUAGUUGCAUACAUUUUAGCUUUCAUUCAUGUUACAAGGGGGAAAAAAACAACUACUUCAUUACUAAGAUUUAUGGUGCCUUACCUGCAUUGUUAAUUGAGGCUAUGCUUUCUUUUUCCUUGCAGCAAAUAACAUGCACUUUGUUAGAGGAUUUUUUUUAAAAGAACAAAUUUAAUUUGAAUAGAAAGAAGAUGAUUUUGUGUUGUUUUGUGUAUGAAAGUUUUAUAAUGAUGAAGGAUCUAAGAAAAUAUCGUUGAAAUCUCAACACUUACAAACAGCAUUUUUACAAAGAUGUGGCAUAAAACUGCUUUCCUUAAGAGUUGUCUGACACCUUAUAUCAUCAUAUGUAAGCUUUCUGUGUCAAAGGAAGUAGUCCUAUUCUGUAUGUAUAUUAUGUGAAUAAAUUAUUUUCUAUUA